AUGGCAGAGACGACACCGCGCCAGCUUCUGCUUCUUGCAGACCGGCUCAAGUUAUCGUUGCUCGAACGACAGCACGCGUCUUCGCGGAAUCAGGAUACGACGCAGCAUGAUGCGCGAAUAUCACAGACCUUGUCCCAACUACAAGCGGGCAUAGCGGCGAUCGAGACUCGACAAACCAAGUCGGACGCAGCUGAGGAGGCUGAUUCGGAUCUCGCUCGCGUGCGCAAACAGUAUGAAACUCUCCAGUCACAAUUUUCCGCCAUGAGCGUCGAGACAUCUGCUUCAGAGACGGCCGAUGCGGUGCAGAAAGGUACGGCACGCAAGCAAAACGCGCGCUUCCGCGAUGAGCCAAAUACAGAAGAGGAGGGGGACCCGAUUGAGCGUGCCAAUCGCGCUGCCCUCUUUGCCGAUCAAGAGCGGUAUCAAGACGAACCAUCUACCGGAAUCGAUCACACUAGUAUGGACAACCAGCAGAUCCACGACCAUCAUAAGCAGGCAUUUCGCGACCAGGACGAACAACUCGAGGUUCUGGGCCAAAGCAUUGGACGGCAGCGUUUGUUAGGUAUUCAAAUGGGAAACGAGCUGGAUGAGCAGAAUGAGUUGUUGGACGACGUGGAGCGUGGCGUUGAUCGGCAUACAUCCACUUUGGAGCGCGCGCGAAGACGUCUCGGUCAUGUCGCACGCAAGAGCAAGGCAAACGGAAGUUGGAUCACUAUCGGCAUCCUGAUCAUCAUCUUGAUUUUGGUGAUAGUGAUACUGAAAUGA